GCUGCUUGUCAUUUCACUGCCACCGAAAAACGAGGUGUAAUCGUGCACGCGACCGCUCCGGACCGAAUACCGGGAAUCCAGAAAGAUUUGUGUUCAACUUUUGCUAAAGCCAUCAUCCACAAAACAGAGAAAUGUUCCGCUUGCCAACAGUGUUACGUGUUACUGCCGCACGACAGGUCGCCUUCAGUCGAGGCUACGCUAAGGAUGUUCGCUUUGGACCGGAAGUGCGUGCCCUGAUGCUGCAGGGUGUGGAUGUGCUAGCCGAUGCUGUGGCCGUUACGAUGGGACCAAAGGGCCGCAACGUCAUACUGGAACAAAGCUGGGGUUCACCAAAAAUCACCAAAGACGGUGUGACGGUGGCGAAGGGAAUCGAGCUGAAGUGUAAGUUCCAGAACAUCGGUGCCAAGCUGGUGCAGGAUGUGGCGAACAACACAAACGAGGAAGCCGGUGACGGUACCACGACCGCAACCGUGCUGGCCCGUGCCAUCGCGAAGGAAGGCUUCGAGAAGAUCUCCAAGGGUGCAAAUCCGAUCGAGAUUCGGCGCGGUGUAAUGCUGGCCGUCGACACCGUGAAGGAGCAUCUGAAGACGCUUUCGCGUAAGGUAAACACCCCGGAAGAGAUCGCCCAGGUAGCAACGAUUUCGGCAAACGGUGAUCGUGCGAUCGGCGAUCUGAUCAGUGAGGCAAUGAAGCGCGUCGGAAAGGAGGGUGUUAUCACGGUAAAGGACGGCAAGACGCUGAACGAUGAGCUGGAGGUGAUCGAAGGUAUGAAGUUCGACCGUGGCUAUAUUUCGCCGUACUUCAUCAACUCCAGCAAGGGCGCGAAGGUUGAAUUUCAAGAUGCGCUCGUGCUGUUUUCGGAGAAGAAAAUCUCAACCGUUCAGUCCAUCAUACCGGCACUCGAGAUGGCAAAUCAGCAGCGCAAACCGCUCGUUAUCAUCGCGGAAGAUGUGGAUGGUGAAGCACUCAGCACGCUGGUUGUGAACCGGUUGAAGAUUGGCCUGCAAGUGGCAGCGGUAAAGGCUCCCGGUUUCGGUGACAACCGCAAAUCGACGCUCUCCGACAUGGCCAUCAGCACCGGUGGUAUUGUGUUCGGUGAUGAUGCAAAUCUGGUGAAGCUGGAGGAUGUGCAGCUGUCCGAUCUGGGACAGGUGGGAGAGAUCACGAUCACAAAGGACGAUUGUCUGUUGCUGAAGGGACGCGGAAAGCAGGAUGAUGUAAACCGCCGUGCAGAACAGAUCCGUGACCAGAUCGCGGAAACGACAUCCGAGUACGAGAAGGAAAAGCUGCAGGAGCGCUUGGCUCGGCUAUCGUCGGGUGUUGCCGUACUGAAGGUUGGUGGUUCCAGUGAGGUAGAGGUUAACGAAAAGAAGGAUCGUGUGAAUGAUGCACUGUGUGCGACCCGUGCCGCCGUCGAGGAAGGUAUUGUGCCCGGUGGUGGUACCGCGCUGAUCCGUUGCGCACCUGCACUGGCCAAGCUGAAGGGUGCCAACGAGGACCAGAACACGGGCAUCGAGAUUGUGCGUCGUGCGCUACGCAUGCCGUGCACACAGAUCGCCAAGAAUGCCGGCGUCGAUGGAUCGGUAGUGGUGGCGAAGGUGGAAGAACUGCAGGGUGACUUCGGAUACGAUGCGCUCAACAACGAGUACGUUAACAUGAUCGAGAAGGGCAUCAUCGAUCCGACGAAGGUCGUCCGGACGGCACUUUCCGAUGCGUCCGGUGUAGCGUCACUGCUUACAACGGCCGAAGCCGUCGUGACGGAGAUCCCGAAGGAGGAACCGGCUAAUCCCAUGGGCGGAAUGGGCGGCAUGGGUGGUAUGGGUGGCAUGGGAGGAAUGGGUGGUAUGAUGUAAGAUAAUUAUUCGGGCGAAAUAGCGUGAAGCUGUGUGGAAAGAUGCUCCCAAUGACUAUAGCACCGAUUCUCAGAUGAAAGUCCUAGCAAACUAACACCCAAGAAUCGGAUGCAAAUCUACAACCAUUGCACUGAAGUUUCUUUCCUGUACACCUUCACGGUUAAUGGCAAGCUUAAUGCAUUUAUUGUUUUAAACACGACAAAUCAUCCUUUUCCCCCCACUGUACACCGCCACCCCACCACCGUCGUAGUUCGAGAGCGAAAUUCGUAACGCCAGAAUGUGUAUUUCCAAAUGAUCGGCGUAUUCUCAUCACGCUCGAACACGUUACGUUAGUGUUAGCCUUCCCGGGCUUUUACUGCUUUAGGUAGGGAGUGUUGAGUAAAGUUUGUUUUAAAUUAAAACACAUUCGCGUCACGUCAAAGACGCAUGUAGAGAAAAAAAAACGAAUGCUAUCGGUAGAUCGAUAACAUUCAUUCGUCGUGUUAUAACAAGCAUAGCGAAUGCAACAUAACGAACAAUAUUUAGAAUUAUAGGUCGCGUUCGUGUGGAAGAGAGGAGUAUAGAAAUUCGGUAGAGUUUUUUUCCUCGCAAAGGAAUGGUUAGGUUAAGCGGAAACAGAAAGUUGCCACCGGAAAGCGUGCGAAGUGCGUUUGUCCUGCAGUCACACAAACAUUACACAAACUGAUCAAGUGAACGAUCAUAUUAGUCUGUAAGAGAGGAAGCUAUAUGUUUACCCUUGACUUUCAAUACAGUCACUGGACGAUAAAGAUGAACUAUGAGCUGUAGUUAAGUAUAGUUGGUGUUGAGUGCGUAUAGUAGUGAUAGACCACAUCAUUCUAGUAAUUUGUAGAUUAUCAAUGUUUCUUUUCGGUUAUCUGUUUCCCUCCCUUGUUUACUCUGUUUAUAAGAACGCUGUGUUUCUUGCUCCACACAAAACUUGUCUGGCAACACAUGUAGAACAACAUUCUUUGAAUGAGCAUUUCUCUUUCUUAUAGCUUUUGUUUCCAAAAUAAGGAUUAGGGUAACAGAGUAGUGUAUUGCGUUACUUCCGUACUGCAAUAGGAAAUCAAUGCACUGAUCAGCAGUGAGGAACGGAAUCAAAUCCAAAAAGCUCGCAUACAUCUCAGUUAAUAAGGUAGGCUCUUUGUAGGUUGGUCACUUAAACCUGUAAAAAGCAACAAAUUUCUUCCGUUCAUGAUUAGUUCAUUUAAGGUUUGUUGAAAUCAUACACCUAAACACGAUGAGUCGAAUCGCUAAGUGUUAUUCGCGUACUGCCAAAUUUCAAGACCGUGGGACAAAAUGAUUUCGAUAGUUGUAAUUAUUUGUUUCGAAUGUUUCAAUUGUCCCCGAUUUGCUGGUAUGGCAGCGGAGAAAACACGUGCAAGUAAUCGUUUUUCGCAAGGAAACAUUACAGUUGAAAUACACGGUUAAUUACAAUUUUCUUAACAAAACCCAAUAA